GCAUCAGAUGUUCGAGUUCGACUCGACUGGAGGGCAAAACAAAAAUAAACCAUUUUCUUGCGUGUGCUGUACACAUUUCCAUUCAAAUUUCGUCGUAAGAUUGCCGUGUUCCUCGUAGUUGCGGACAUUUUAAUUUGUUUGAAUUUGCUUCGUUGUUUCUGGCAAGUGAAACAGAGUGUAAGAAGCUCAAGCACCGCUCUAGAAUAUUGAAAACAAAACAUCAGAAGUUAGGUGAAAGGCGCAUCUUCUCCGUAUGUGAGCUUACUGCUACAGCGGAGGUGAGUAAUCAAUCGCUUAUCUUUUCCGAAUCAAUUGCAAGGUUCCUAUUAUAGUUCAAUGCAAUUUAAUUUCUAGUCAGCCAUUCGAGAGGAACUAAAUGGAGAAAGGAUGCUUUUCCUCCAAGUAACACUAUUUUGACCAUAAACGGAAUUCUCUUGGGGAAUAAAUAAUUACAAUUAAAAUUCAAUAUUUAACGAUCGUGACGCAAAUUACGCAACUUGGUGCAACUGUAUGCACCCGAUAAAAAUGACUCGUUUGGAAGUGGUGCUGGCACUGCUGCUCCACAUGGGAAUGGAUGGGACCAGUCCACCAGUUGCUUCGGCGGCAUCGUACAACGACCUUCCGGUGAGCAACAUUCCCCUGUACAGCGAUGGGAUAUACUAUGAGAAUUUGAAACCGGUGAAGAUUCAGGUGAGCACCUGGACGCUGCAGGCCGAUUACGACCUGAAGGAGUUUAUCAACGAGAUAUCGGUGGCCAACAGUAGCGUGGACAAGCUGAUAAAGGCUUGCAGCGAAAUGAUGAAGAAAUUUCCCGGAAGCUGCGAGAGCAUUGGGAAUAUUGUGGAGCUGACACGGGAGUUGAACGAUUUUCAGAGCUUGCUGCAGAGUUUGUGCGACGACAAGCGGCGAACGAAGAGAGGAAUAUUGAAGUCGUGGUUCGGCUUGAUGGAUGAUGAGGAUCGGGACGAAAUUGACGAGAGUUUCAAGAAAGUUGACAACCAAUUGGAAACACAAUCUUCGAAGGUGGACCAUUUCUUCGAUUCAACAAACAAGGCCAUAGCGGUUCUCAGUGGGAACGUUUUCCAGGUGGAUCCGAAGAAACCGGGCACGAUUGACUAUAGCCGAGAGGGGCAACUGCUGAUGAUGGACAUCCUGUUGAAUAAGAUUAUCCGCAAAAAGGAACUGUUUAUGAAGCUCCUGCAGUCGUCGAGUUCGGUUUCGUUGAGUGACGACAUUGUGAGUCCCACUCGUUUGCUGAACGAAAUUGAAAAGCUGCAGAAGAUACUGCCGGUGGAUUUUACCUUUCCGGUUCAGUUCAACCUUCGGGACGUCAUCAAAUUGUAUCCCCUUUCGAAGGUGGUUGCUUACGUGGACGACUGCAAGAUGAAGGUCAGCAUCCUUUUGCCACUCUGCAACAAGGUAGAGUACACUACCCUCAAAGGCACGAGUGUUCCUAAGAUGGAGGACGGCAUUUUGAAGAUGUUCCCCUUGGAGAAUGACGUGCUGGUCUACAACAAGGAACAUCAUCUCGGGUUGAUCAUGAAUUACGAUGAGUACAAAAGCUGUAACCAUUUGAACGAUUUCGCCUUGUGCAACACGCACCAUCUGAUCAAGAACCUGACUUCCGCAGAGGAUUGCAUCGUUACGUCGUUUUUCAAUCGCACGAGUGCCGAUUCCGACUGCCGCGUCCAACGCCUUCAACUUCGGCAUCAGCUAUGGAUCCAACUGGCCGAUCCCAAUCGCUGGGUUUACGCCGUCCCGAACCGCACCACGGUUGUGGUUAACUACGGACUGGAAAACAGCCGUACCAUCGAACUCAGUGGAAUAGGAAUGCUGAAACUCACCCGAAUGUGUCACGUGCGGUCACAGGACAUCGUAAUCCAGUACAUCCCCCAGCUGCGAGGCGCUAUGGAACCGUACUCGCUCGGUUUCCAACUUCCGGCCGUGGUGACACGCGAUCAAUCCCGGGUAAUAUCCGCCAGCGAUAACAACAAGGUGAUCCUAGCCGGUCAAAAUGCGGAAACGGCCCUGCAAGAUCGCACCCACGUGGCGGGCAUCCACUACGAACCCACCUCCUUCUCUCCUUGGGCCAUCGUCGGCAUCAUUUGCGGAGUGUUCAUCGUCACAGCCCUGGCCGUGCAGGUGUACUUGAAGAUGAUCAACGAGAAACGGCGGCAAGCGGAGGUGCUCGCUCGGAUCCGGCAGCAAGACCUGGCCAAUCCGAACGAAAGUUUGACCAGCAACGGAUCGCCGAACAACUCGCAGCAGGUGUUCCUGUCCGGUAGGGAACCGACGGCACCGCCGUACGGAUUCGUAAGCAAUGCCUAAACAUGGCGACUGAUGUAAUAAGGAGAGUGCCUUGCUUUCACAAUCUUCCGAAGUUGGUGUGUGGAUUUCAAUUUGUCCUAAUUUUAUAUUUUUCUUUUCAUGUUUAAUUGAUUUGAAGAGUAACAUUUAUAGGCUGUGUAAUGGGGUAUGUGUAAGAAUUCGAGUAAAGGUGGAAAGAGUUGGCCUUAUCGAGAAACGGAAUGUUCAAUUCAUACGAUGCAAAUUUUCAUUUUAUAAUUCAUUUAGCCAUAACAUAUGCCAGCAUAUAGUUAAAUUUAAGCAAUCACACGUAAAACAACACAAAUACUAUUUUAUUUAUUUGAUUUGAACAAUCAAUUAAAAUUAUUACCUAAGAAAUAAGUCACCGAUGAUUUGCACAAUCAUUGGAUUAUAUUUAUAUUAAUUCGUGUCACUGAAUUGGUCAUGAAAGACAAAUAAAUUUAUGCCAAAGACA